AUGUACUUCCUCUCUUCAUCAAGAUGCUUCCUCUCUUCAACAAUGUACUUCCUCUCUUCAACAAAGUGCUUCCUCUCUUCAUCAUGCAGCUUCCUCUCUAAAUCAAAGUGCUUCCUCUCUUCAACAAAGUGCUUCCUCUCUUCAACAAAGUGCUUCCUCUCUUCAUCAAGAUGCUUCCUCUCUUCAUCAAGAUGCUUCCUCUCUUCUUCAAAGUACUUCCUCUCUUCAUCAAGAUGCUUCCUCUCUAAAUCAAUAUGCUUCCUCUCUUCAACAAUGUACUUCCUCUCUUGA